AUGAAUGUAAAUGGGAAACUUACCUUAGGGAAAAAUAUCGCUGACAACGGUGGCAUCAAACAAUCAUUUCGGGCAUAUAAAAAGUAUAUCGAGCAAAUCGGUCAUUCUGCCCAUAAACUGCCCGGCAUGUCAAAGUUCACCGACGAACAAAUAUUUUUCCUUUCGUUUGCACAGGUUUGGUGUGGCCAUCAGACGAAAGAAGCCCAAAUCAAGCAAGUGCUUACUAAUGAACACAGCCCAGCCAAGUAUCGUGUCAAUGGCCCACUCUCGAAUUUACCUGAAUUUAGCCAAGCUUUCAAUUGUUCAUUUGGAAGUUUAUUAAAUCCUCAGAAGCGUUGUUCUGUUUGGUGA